AUGUCAGAAGAAACACAAGCUCCAGUACCUGCAAAACAGCCAAAAGCUUCCAAGAAAAAGAAAGGUUCCAAAAAUCCUGCUGAAAUCACUCCAGAAUAUAUAGCUGAACAACGAGCCAAAAGAGAAGCAGCUAAAAAGGCAAAAAAAGAUGCACUUAUAGCCCAGGGAAUUGAUCCAGAACAGGUUGAUACUCCACCUGAUCUAAGGUUUAUUUCAAGACCAAUCUUAAAAAUACCAAGAGAUGAAUCUGACCCGCUAUUUAGUAAAAAUGGUGUUAAUGUGAAGAUUAUGACUUAUAACGUUUUGGCACAAGCGCUUAUUAGAAGAACAUUGUUUCCAACGAGUGGUAAUGCAGUCAAGUGGUUCAAAAGAUCUCAAGUGUUGUUGAGUGAAUUCAAACAUUACAAUUGUGACGUUUUAUUAUUACAAGAAGUGGAUCAUGUUCAAUUCAAUUCCUUUUGGAGAUCUGAAUUCGAAAAAUUGGGUUAUGGUGCUGUGUUUAAUAGAUGGGGUGAUAAGAACCAUGGUGUUGCUAUAUUUUUCAGAAAUAUCACUAAAAAUGUGGGUCUAAUAUUAGCAUUGAAGUUCAAGGAUUCUAUAUUACAAGAAUUCCCAAAAACAGACAAGAAGGGGAUUCUUGUUGGUACAACACAUCUUUUCUGGCAUCCAUUUGGUACAUACGAGAGAACAAGACAGACUUAUGUCAUUCUGAACAAGUUUAGAGAGUUCAUUAAUAGAGUUCAGGUCUUACAAAAAGGUUCCUGGUUUCAUUUCUUUGGUGGUGAUUUCAAUGCUCAGCCCUAUGAUGCACCUUAUCUAUCCAUUACUUCGAAACCAAUACACUAUGAUACUCGUUGUAAAACAGUCAUUGAAUGCUCUACAUCUUUUCAAUAUUCAAAAUUGCGUGAAGGUCUAGAGGAUGAAGAUGAAGAUGGUGGUAAUAUUGAGAAAUUUGGUGAAAAUCAGCCACAGCAUCCAGUCCCAGAUUCAUUUACUCCAACUGAAGAACAGGCACAGAUUGUUAAGGAUAUGGAAGAUUUACACAACUUACAACCAAUGAGGGCUAUAUCAUUGUACUCUGUUGCAUAUAAGCUUCUCCAUCCUGAGAAUUCAGGCUUAGAUAAUGAGAAAGGAGAACCAGAAGUAUCAAACUGGGCACAUGCUUGGAGAGGUUUACUUGAUUAUAUAUUUUACAUUACAGAAUGGGACUUGAAGUCAGACUCACAAGUCAAGAGCUUAUCCGAAUUUGAACAAUUAACUAACGUGAAAAUUAAUGGUUUAUUGAGAAUGCCACCUGGAAAAGAGAUGACUGAACACGGCCAACCACAUGAAGGUGAAUACCCAAGUGAUCAUUUAUGUAUGAUCGCCGACUUGACACUAAUAUUAUAGAUUGCACAAAAUACUACAUCAUGAUACUAAUCUAUCAAAUUUCC